UUCAUCAAGUUCCCAUCAACUGCAGCUGAACAAAUAAGCACCAAACAAAAGUAUUGUGAGGUGGCUAACGUCCCCAAUGUCCUUGGUGCAGUGGAUCGGACCCAUGUGGCAAUAAAGGUCAGUGACGAUGACAAGCUUCUGUCAAAUCAUGUUUACAUAAGUAGAGUUUGCACCCCACCAAAAUGUAUUAUUUCAGUAGGCCUUAUAAGUAUCUGAUGUAGUCUUACCAUUUAUCCUGAUAGGGUCCACGUGAUGAGGAGGAAAUUAAUGUUAAUCAAAAUAACUUCCACUCUAUCAAUGUGCAAGUAGUCUGCAAUGGCACACUAGCCUUCACAAAUGUUGUUGCCAAAUGGCCCGGGAGCACACAUGAAUCCUUCAUUGUAUCAAAUUCAGGCCUGGGAAUCAAAUUUGAGGAAGGUCACAUUCCUGAUGGAUGGCUA